CACGAUGAUCGUGAUGACCUGGGUUCGGAUAGAUCGAGUGAAGAAAAUUUAAUCAGCGAAGAGCUGGAUGACUCUGAUGAUGAGAUAGCCAUUGCUGACACUGAACUUUCUCAACGGGAAACCACUUUCGAUAUUCGUUCGUUUAUACUGAAAUUCGCACAUCCACAUGUCAUCCGCGCCUACACGUGA